AUGUACCCAAUUGAGCGAUUUUUGGGUGUCCUGAAGGAUUUUGUGAAAAAUAGAAAUCAACCAGAAGCAAGCAUAGCCGAAGGGAAUUCUGCUAAGGAAUGUAUGAUCUUUUGCUCAAGGUAUUUGAGUGAGAAUGGCGAUACAAGGUUCACUCGACCUUCUAGGAAUUAUGAAGGAUUUUUAGUAGAGGCAAAUCCUGGAGAAUUGUUCCCCAUUACAGGCAGACCACUUGGAGCCAAAAGAAAUGGGAAAGGUAAUUUGAUUGAGAUGGAUGAUGAGGUUCUUAUCCAAGCUCGACGAUAUGUCAUUAUUAAUUGUCAGGAUAACUUGCCUGAGUUGUCUGCAUAUAUCAAUGAGUAUGAUCAAUCUAUAAUAAAAAAACGCAAGAGCAGGAAGUGGACAAGAGAGAAAAGUCAAGCACAGGAUAUAGUACAGUGGCUUGAGUCUCGCGUUAAAUAUGAUAAAGAUGCUUCUAAUAUGAUCAAACACAUAGCUUCUGGUCCGAAUUAUAUUGCUCAAAGCUUCUCGGGAUACCUUAUCAAUGGUUACAGGUUUCAUACUUUGGGGCAUGAGAAGAACUUGCAGACACAAAGUAGUGGGGUAACGUUGACAGCAAUGACAUCAAGUUAUGCGAGUUCCAAAGAUAAAAAUCCUGUGCUAGCUAAUGUCACUUACUAUGGAGCUAUCGAAGAGAUAAUUCAGCUGGAUUAUUAUUCCCAUUUCAAGGUUGUCUUGUUCAAGUGCAGGUGGUUUGAUUGGGAAAAGAAUGAUUAUGGGCUCAUACGGGUCAAUUUUAGAAGAUUAAAGUACCAAAAUGACCCCUUUGUCAUGGCAGACCAGGUAAAUCAAGGAUUUUAUGUGCAAGAUCCAGUGCAACAGGAUUGGCAUUAUUUUAUGGAGACCCUUCCUCGAGACUUAUUUGACAUGAAAGUCGAUAGCUCACUAGGUGAGUUUGUUUCUAGUUCUGCAGCAUCUAGAGUCGGAAACUUAGAACCCACUCUGCCAAUUGAUAACACGGAGGAGCUACAGUGGGCACGGGAUGACGUUGAAGGAAUAUUUGUUGAAAUUCCGGAAGAGACAAAUGCCAGAGCGACAGAUCCAGAGGAGGUCUACGAUGUGGAAGAUGAUCAUGCUCCAAAUUCAGCUGAAGGGACAGCUGCUGGCGACAUUCACUCAAGUGAAACUGCAAUGCCAGAUGUUGAAGAGGAAUACACAAGUGAAUCUGAAACUGAAGGUGAUGAAGAUGAAACCUCAAGUGAAACUGGAACGAUCGAUGAUUUCUAUGAAUACUCUGACUAG